AAACAGUCCAUAUAAGUCACCGGUCUUGUCCUGCUUAAUUAAUCCAAAUAAAUUACCAAAAAUGCAGCAACAUUUCGAAAAAUUUGUGCUAUUAAUUGCGGCUAGUUUAUUUGGAGAAUUCCAUGCAGCACUUCAUUCUGGAUUUACUACCUGCAAGACAAAAGAUGCGGAUUUUAACUCUUGUCUAAACAAAGCCAUCGAGAAUGGGGUGAAAUUUAUUAAAAAUGGUUUAAAGGAGUACAAUUUGCGGCCCCUGGAUCCUUUCAAAUAUCCCUCGAUGAAAAUAGGGGUCGGUGCGGGGGCCGUAAAUUUGGAACAAAACUAUAAAGAUAUCACUGUUACUGGAUUUUCCGGUUUGACUGUCUUAAACGCAAACAUGGAUUUUGAUAAGAAAAAGUUAACAUUUUCAACUGCUGUUCCGUUACUAACCCAGAAAGCUACUUAUAAUAUUGAUGGAAAAAUAUUGAUGUUGCCUGUACGUGGAACAGGACCUUCUACUUUGCAGCUACAAAACAGCUUCUCGAACCACACAUUGGACUUUCAAGAACAAACCAAAGAUGGCAUCGUCUACUACAAACCAACUAAAUAUACCAUUAAGAUAUCAACCGAACAUGCAAACUUCAAUUUUGAAAAUCUCUUUGACGGCAAUAAGCUCCUAGGGGACAACAUCAAUAAAGUCGUAAACCAAGAAUGGAAACUUAUUUUCUUGGAUGUCCGGGAUGGAUUCCAAGAGGCUUUCGGACAAAUAUUUUUGGAUUAUGCUAAAAGGAUUUUUGAAAAAGUACCCAUGAAGGAAAUAUUUUUAGAGUAGUUUAUUAUUCAAAACCUGUAGUCUUAUAAUAAAAAUGCGGUGCUAAUUCUAAAAGCCAGUCCCUUUGAAUCACUGUAAUGUCCUUCAUGUAAAGUUUAAUUCCAUGCACAACUUCACCAAACACUAUCCAUUGGGGCUGUUCAAUGUUAUAGAAAACACUUUCAGGAUGCACAAACAGGUCUAUAUCGCCUCUCACUGUUUUAUAUACUCCGCUUCUAUGUAAAUAUGCUCCAUUAGGAAAUAACCCAGUCACUAUGCAUUUGCAAACAUUUUCAGUAUUUCUACAAGAUGUUAGCGGAAUAUUAUAAUUGACCAAUAUUUUUUCCAAAUUCCUUCUAAUUUCCAUUACACGCUUCAUGCUAGAAUGACUCAAGAAGUUCUUAUGACAAAACCCUUGAGACAUAUCAUUCUGUACAAACGCAUUAAAAAUAUUUAAAUAAGUUAUCAAAUCACCUUCUUUAACUUCAAACAACCGCUUCUGGAUUCUAGCUUUAAUUAUUCCAUUUCCUGUGGUAGGUUUAUUGAAAACUGUUUCCACUUGAAGCAUAGAAAUAAUGAUAAGAAUCUCCUCUGAGCAACUGAAUUCUUCUGAAGUCAACAACAUCUUUGAAUAUAGAGGAUUAAGGGCAAAUUCAGCCAUGUGAAACCCUAAAGGUCUUGUCAACUGACAAUUUAUAUCAAUUGCAUUUAAAGCAUAAAGAAGUUCUAAAGCACUUUUAAUAUUCUCCAUUGGAGGCAUGCUUGGGAAUUUAAAUUGUAAAAUAUUAUUUACUCCCAUUGCCUUUAGUUGUAAUAUUGGGUAAGUUAGGCUGGAUCUUACCAUUUCUGGUGGAGUAUUUAAAGGUAAUUUUUCAGCCCACUCCUCUGUGUACAAUCGGUAAACUUUUCCUGACCUCAUUCUUCCUGCUCUGCCAGCUCUCUGAUUAGCUGAAGAUUUACUUAUGGGCACAACCAUAAGACUAUCAGUAUGUGUCUCAAUGUUAUACCAUUUUAUUUUAACAAAGCCACUGUCAAUUAUAAAAACUACUCCAGGAAUUGUAACAGAUGUUUCAGCAAUGUUUGUUGCAACAAUAAUUUUUCUGUAACCUUCAGGGGCUUUUUGAAAUACUUUUAGUUGUUGAUUGUAAGGCAAGGAUCCGUACAUAGGCAAAAUGGUUAUUUUGUUUUUAGAUUUUGAAUUUUCUAUGGCGUUAGCAUGUUCUCCUAGUAUACGUACUGCUUUAAGAACUUCUUCUUGACCAGUCAAAAAUAUUAAAACAUCUCCAGCAGUGCCUGAUGCAUUUAUAUUUACAGCAGCUUCAACAGAGGCUUGUACGUAACAAGGUACUGGUUCAGCUACAUAAAAAAUUUCUACUGGAAAUUGCCUGCCUUCUACAGACAAUAUUGUUGAACUGGGUGUUUUUAGAUUUUCAAAGUUAUUGAAAUAUUUUUGGAAUGCUGUUGCAUCCAUUGUUGCUGAUGCUACAAUUAAUCUUAACUCAGGUCUUUUCCUUAAUAUUUUCUUCAUUAAUCCUAAUAGAAUAUCAGUAUAGAGGGUGCGUUCGUGUACUUCAUCAAUCAUUAUAACUGAAUAACUACUAAGUAAAGGAUCUGACAUCAUUUCCCUUAGCAAAAUACCUUCAGUAACAAAUUUAAUUUUUGGCUUACAAGCACAUGAGUCAAACCUUACAGCAUAUCCGACCACGUCACCUUGCACUAAGCUCCCAGUUUCAUCUGCCACUCUAUUAGCUAAAGAAAUAGCAGCAACCCUUCUAGGUUCGCAUAUAACUAUUUGCUUAGGCCACUCAGCUUCUCGUAAAUACUGCGGGAUUUGGGUACUUUUUCCACUGCCCGUUUCUCCUACCAGAAUCAAAGUUUGAUAUUUUUCCAGGAGAUACAAAAUGUGGUUGCGGUUAUUGAAUAUCGGCAAACGUUGUCUCUGAGUCUGGAUUGAUUGGGAGAUGUAUUUGUUGUAAGUGAAAUUGGUUUUUUCAACUGCUGGAUCUUUGUCCAAGAACGAAGAAGUGUCGGAUGGUUUUACGAAUCUUGGUUUGAAGGCGGACGUGGACAUUGUGUCCAAACAAACUUUUGUUGUUUUUCGAAAAGGAAACUUUAAACUUUUUUAGGUUUUAAACGUGUUUAAACUCCAAACUAAAGCUCACACUACUUGUUUAUUUAUUUUGGUUUUG